AUGAAGAUGUUUUUUUUUAUUUCUGGUAAUUUUUCUAUUUGCAUGUGUUUUCUGAAGUUGCAACGCGUUGAGCUCUCUCUCAGCCACCGUAGCUAUAACUUUACAUUUAUCAAAUUUUUUAAUGAUUGAAUUAUAUUGUAACAUUUUUUUAACUUUAAUUUCAGGUCUAAUGGAGAAGAAAAAACAUGUCAAAACUAGAGGAAAAACUCACUCACAGACUGAAAGUAUCUCUUUACUGAAAAGAAGAGACAAGAAAAGGUUCACCUGCACUCAGUGUGGAAAGAGUUUCACAUACAAACACAAUCUCGAGAUUCACAUGAGGAUCCACACUGGAGAGAAACCAUUCACAUGUGAUCAGUGCGGGAAGAGUUUCAGACAAUCAUCAAACCUUAAGAGGCACAUGAACAUCCACACUGGAGAGAAACCGUAUGAAUGUGAUCAGUGCGGAAAAACAUUUUCAUGGGCUUCAACCCUGAAGAAUCACCUGAAAGUUCAUUCAAAGGAGAAACCACAUUCAUGUUCUUUCUGUGGAAAGAGUUUUUCAGAUCUGCAGAGUUUAAAAGUUCAUCAGAAGAUACACACUGGUGUGAGAGAAUAUAUGUGCUUUGAGUGUGAGAAGACUUUUAUUACAGCUGAUAAUUUGAAGCGGCAUGAGAGAAUCCACACUGGAGAGAAACCAUACACGUGUUCACACUGCGACAAGAGAUUCAGUCAGUUA